AUGGCCUUGGAGCUUUUCGCUGACUUGAAGCAGGCCACGGAUGAGGGGGUCAAAGUGGCAAAGUCACUUCCGUUUUUGGCAGAUGCGCCACCCACGGCUGGAAAGGUGGUGCCAAGGCCGCUGUCUGGGUACGCUGUGACGACAGCUUUUUCGGGCGAGACCAGUGGCUGGGUCGAUGAAGAAGUCCAAAGCUUGAGCUUUGCCUUCUAUCUCUUUCCGAUGAUGCAGUGGCUCGGAGAAAAAAGUGGGACGUUUCUGAUCAACGUCUCGGAUCCUACUGCAUCCUGGCAAGUCCCAGUCCCUGCCGGCACGUACUUCAUGGCCGUGGUUGCCCGCGACCACCUAGGAGCCGUUUCUGCUGCUUACGCCCCGGGCCCCAUCGUGGAAGCCUCCAGCCUGGAUGCCAGCGCAGCCCUGUCAGUCCUGGAUACGGCGCUCGCAGACGGCGAUCCUUUAGCCCUGCUUGGACUUCUUGAUGCGCUGCGCUCCGUGGACAUUGCCAGCAACGGUGCUGAGGGCGAGGAAGUGAGGCAGAAACAAUUUGAGGCCCUCCUAGCUGCAGCUGCCUCACUGGAGGCCGACACAAGCAGCCUCGCCAAGUUUGGCAGCGUGGUAAGCCAGCUCCUGCGCUCCGACGGCUCCGGUGCCAAGGCCGAGGAAGCGGACUCGGCCUCCCUGGCCUUGGACAAGGUUCUGGAAGCGGCGUUGGCCGCGGCAGGCGUGGACGAGGUUGCUGGUAGCGCGCUUUUGGCCGGCAUCGCCGCAGUUGGGGACAGCUACGCUGCAGCCCAAAGCGGGCAGAGCUUGGCUGCUUCCUGGGCCAGGGCAGCCAAGCUGGAAGUGAUGACGUCGAAGCUGGGCAGCGCGGCCUUGGAGGCCACAGCGCUGGGUCGUGGAACGCGGCUCCAGGCCCUCAGCAAAGGUCGGGGCCUGGAAAUCACGGUCCAGAAGGAGGAUCUCGACAGCACAAGAUCUGGCGGAAUGUCCAGCUCCAGCUUGCAGAUCCCUGGUGCCGUGAUCAGCGGCUUCAGCGACCAGCGCAGGCGACUUGCCGAGUGCGCGACGCUUGCAAUCCAGGAGACCGACUUCAUCCUCAGCAAUCCAUUUGCCUACUUGAACAAGAGUCAGGGGAUCAACAAGCACGUGUGGUUCAACGCGACCGUGAAAAUUGUUGAGAUCAAGCAGUGCGGUGCUAUUCGAUUGCAGUCGGGUCUUGAGCCACCGAUCUCCAUGAUCCUGCCACUGCCUGAGGCACCUAUGCCUCCACCUGACGGCUCCGUUUAUCAAGCGAGUUGCGCCAGACUGGAUCCCCUGGAGCAGGUUUGGUCCACUGACGCGAUGUCCUGGAGCGUCAGUGAGGCUGAGACCAUCGAGUGCUUCUCAUCCGCUAGCGCUGGGGCCUUCACUGCUGUCUACCUACCAGUGGCCAUUUCCCAAAGUCCUGCAGCGUCGCCCAACAUGGGCUUCGUGGUUGGAACUUCAAUUGCCUCGGUGUGUGUGGUGGCCUUGUGCGCGGUUUUCGCGUGGCAGGCACAUGCCGGGAAUGUCAAGGUAAAUAUACCCAGCGAUGCGUGCAGAUGGAUGUCUGAGCCAUUUCAGCCAAAGAAGAGCCGAAUUCGCCCAGCCCCCAUCGAGAUGCCUAGCGGGCCUAGCAGCAUCCCAAAGUUGGCAUGGCAAAAAAGCGGGCUCAGUGCCCUCAGCGGCCGCUUGAGCCCAAAGCACCUGCAGUCUGAAGAAGGGUUCUGGGAGUGGGCAAAAGAGUUGGUUGGGUCUCCAACAGGGAGAGGGAGCAUACCGACGCUACCUCACAGCAGGUCCCUGAAUUUUGGCUGUCUCAGCCCAGCUAGUCCAGCCAGUCCAGCCAGCGCCAGCAGUCGGCCCAGGAUUACGCGGGCCAAAAGUGUCCCGAACAUUACCAGCACGUUCGCAACUCGGGAGCUUCCGCAACAUUCUGCAGAUGCCAAAGAGCAUUUUGCAGAAUGGAGCAAGGACCUCCGCGAGCGUCACGAGCAGGAAGCUGAAGCCUCAAAGCUCAUCAUUCUCCCGCACCCGCCCCGCUCAGCACGCUCUGUGCACGCAGGCUCCAAGGCUGCGGGGCCCCAUCUGCUCCCCUCUGGUCUAAUGAGCCAGUCCACACCACAACUCCCCUGGCCACACUUUCCCCCCUCUUCGCCUUGCGAAGAAAAGGAGGAGUACUUCAAGAGCUUGGAGCAGGAGAGGGCAGCAUACCGCAGACGCCUUCUGACAGCUACAUGGUUUGUGCAUGAGCUGAGGGACAUCGUUGGCUUGGGUGUGCCCAUGCUCCCAGAUUCGCCACCCUCCCAUCGGGCACCCACACCGCCACCUCCACCCCCAAAGCGCAGCAACACGCUGGCACCAAAGCCUCCACCCCAUCCACCUCCUAAUUCUCGAUUCCUCAAUGCUUCACCGCCACCACAAAUUGAAGACGCUGAGCAUGUUGAGGUGAGGGUGGACCAGGCCUUCGUUGAUUGGGCCCGCGAUUUCGCGCUACCAAGCCAUGCCAAGGCCAGCCCCCCGCCACCGCCACUGCCACGAGCUUGGCAUCCAGGCCGGCCCCAAAGCCCGCCUGUCCCACUUCGGCAGGCUCCAGCUCCGGCAAGUGGGGACCCGCAUGAACAAAAUCAGUUUUCGAGCCUUCGCAGUGCGGCAUGUCCGGUAACCUCUGGGCUGCCGACAGCGUCGGCCCCGUUAAUGCCUAGCUUCUUCACGGAUCAGCCGCGCGCACCCCUGGUGCCACCGCCGGCAAUGGAACCUUUGAGCGCGGUCUCGCAGCGAGCCCACCCAGCUUUGCAUCGUGAUUCGCAGCAAGACUCCCCUGGAGGCGCAGAUGCAGACCUCAGCGAGGGCACGACUCCUGAAGGAGGUUGCUCACCAAGUGAUGCCUCCUCCACGCUAGAAUGA